UAAAGUUCCCACAGAGCACGAAGAACAACAGUUUGCAUUGCACUUCUUCUUUUCGGUGUCGUAUAAAAAGAAAGAGAAACGCUCCCGUCGGCAUUCAGACGUUUAUUGCGAGGGGUUAUUUCAUAUUGUAUCUAGUCUUUAGCGGUUUUUGCGCGCUUAAUCCUUUUCCCAACCCCCUGUUGCGUAUUUGUUUUUGCUGGCACAGUUUGCUCAAACAUGGCGUGCAACAAAGAAAACCGUAAACUACUGAACGGACCGUCAUCGGUAGCCGCGAGCACAGGCAUUCCUUCCCAUUCAGGGACGUUGCUGGUCAAAAAGGGUGCCGGUGUUGGAGGUCCAGCCGCAAACACGGCCGCAGGAAGGAGCAACAAUGCUGCGAAGAUGGUCGGGAAGGUAGCGGAAGGGGGAGGACAGCAUAUGGGAGGGUUCAAAGCACCUCAGCUGCCGGCACCUGUGGUGCGGCCAGCGGCCAGUAGCAGUAAACCAGUGCCCGAAAAGCAAAUCACUCCAAAGACUGAGUCCGAACCGAUGGAUACGACGCCGGCCGAUGAUAGGCCGGAUGCGGCAGAGCAGAAGCAAAGCGGCACGGACGGUAACCAACAGGCGCAACAGGCAAAACCGGCCAAAAAGGUGUGGACACUCAGCAAUUUCGAUAUCGGCCGUCCGCUGGGUAGGGGCAAGUUUGGCAAUGUCUAUCUGGCCCGCGAAAAGGAAACCAAGUUCGUGAUCGCGCUGAAGGUGUUGUUCAAAAAGCAGGUGCACGCCCAGGGGAUCGAGCAUCAGGUGCGGAGAGAAAUCGAAAUACAGUCCCAUCUGCGCCAUCCGAACAUACUGCGCAUGUACGGCUACUUUCACGACGAAUCGCGCAUCUAUCUCAUCCUGGAGUAUGCACCGGGCGGUACCCUGUUCAAGGAGCAGCAGCAGCAGCCGGGCAAACGGUUCCCCGAGAAACGGUGCGCCAUCUACGUGUACUCGCUCGUGUCGGCGCUGAUCUAUCUGCACGAGCGCAAUGUGAUACAUCGGGACAUAAAGCCGGAAAACUUGCUGCUGGGGCAUGGUGGUGAGUUGAAGAUAGCCGAUUUCGGUUGGUCCGUACACGAGCCCACGUCCUCCCGUACGACGCUGUGCGGUACGCUCGACUAUCUGUCGCCCGAGAUGGUGCAAGGUCAGCCGCACACCAAAACCGUUGAUCUGUGGAGCUUGGGCGUGCUGGCGUACGAGCUGCUGUGCGGAAAGGCCCCGUUCCUGGCCACCACGUACGAGGAAACGUACCGUAAGAUUAUGAAGGUGCAGUACACGGUGCCGCCGGACGUGACGAAGGCGGCGUCUCAUCUGAUCUCGCGACUGCUCGUCAAAGAUCCGGCCAGCCGUAUGCCGCUGGAAAAUGUGGCCAUCCAUCCGUGGAUUCAGCUGCACGUGGACAAAAAGUGAGGGGGAGACUGCUGCUGUCGAGUGCCAUUAAUCGCUACGUUCGCCUUAAGUAUUUUUGUAACAUGCCUUUACCUUUUAGUCUUAUAAAUCUUUUAAUUUUUCUUGUUAGCUGUAGUGGUGGUUUUAAAUGGUUGUAAUAUAAGCAA